AGUAUUUCGAAAAAAAAAAAAAAAAAAAUCCAACUUAAAAAUAGAUAAUAAAUUAAGAAUAAAAAAAAUCAUAAUAAUAAUAAAUACAUAAAUAAUUUAUAAAUAUAUUAUUAAAUAAUAAAUAGUUAAAUUUUUAUAUAUAAAUUACAUAUUGACAUUGACAUAAUCAAAAUAUAAUUAGAAAAAAUAUAAAAAAAAAUAUAAAUAUUUCAGUUGAAAGUUUUACUGUCAAAAGACAAGAAUCAUUGCAAUGAGUGAACAACAAAUGGAUUGUGCAUUGGAUUUAAUGAGGCGUUUACCACCUCAACAAAUUGAAAAAAAUUUGAGUGAUUUAAUUGAUUUGGUACCAUCAUUAUGUGAGGAUCUAUUGUCAUCAGUUGAUCAACCACUUAAAAUAGCCAAGGAUAAAGAAUCAGGAAAGGAUUAUUUGCUUUGUGAUUAUAACAGAGAUGGUGAUUCAUACAGAUCACCAUGGAGUAAUACGUAUGAUCCACCAUUGGAAGAUGGUUCAAUGCCAUCAGAAAGAUUACGUAAACUUGAAAUUGAUGCAAAUCAUGCAUUUGAUCAAUAUCGUGAAUUAUAUUUUGAGGGUGGUGUAUCAUCAGUUUAUUUAUGGGAUUUAGAUCAUGGUUUUGCUGGUGUAAUAUUAAUUAAAAAAGCUGGUGAUGGAUCUAAAAAAAUUAAAGGAUGUUGGGAUUCAAUACAUGUUGUUGAAGUACAAGAAAAAUCAACUGGAAGAAAUGCACAUUAUAAAUUAACAUCAACAGCAAUGUUAUGGCUUCAAACAAAUAAACAUGGUUCUGGUACAAUGAAUCUUGGUGGAAGUUUAACUAGACAAGUUGAACAAGAUGCUCCAAUAAGUGAAACAACACCGCAUAUUGCAAAUAUCGGUAGAAUGGUUGAAGAUAUGGAAAAUAAAAUUCGCAAUACACUUAAUGAAAUAUAUUUUGGUAAAACAAAAGAUAUUGUUAAUGGAUUGAGAUCAGUGCAAUCAUUGUCAGACAAAAGACAACAAGAUGCAUUAAGAUUGCAUUUAGCGGAAGCAUUACAAAAAAGAAAUGCCAACAAUUGAUCCAACGACAAUAAAUUAUCGAUUAUUCAUUACAAUUGUGGUUAUUAAUUAACAAAAAUUAAAAAUACAAAAAAAGUAAUUUAACAUUUAAAUAAAAAAAUAAUACAAAUACCAACAUACAGCAGACACCAGACAGACAGACACAAUUGAAAUACCAUGGACUCGAUAAAAAUGAAAAAAAUUGAUACCUAAUUAAGUUGCGAUAAUUUGUUAUUAUUCUAGUUUAUAAUAAUAAUAUUAAUAAUAAUAAUAAUGCAGGGAAUUUAUUGUGGGGGGGUUAUAUAUUAUAUAUAAAAAAUAAAAAAAAUCGUUUAAUUAACUUUUCACCAUAGCCUCCAAUUGCUGAAACAUUAUUAUUAUUUUUUUCUUGAAUUUGUAAAAAAAAGAAAAAAAAAAUGAAUAAAGAAAAAAGAUU